UUGAAUCAAUAGGAAAAAAAUCUCACUUUGUCCCCUGAACCAUUCCAAAAGAAUUCUUUUAGCUUAAAAUAUGUUUCUGUCGUAAGCUCAUCCCGCGCCGGCCUGUCCAUCCAACGUUGGUUUUCAUCAAAUUUCACCGAUAACUCAAAAUUCUGAGAGUUUGGAAAGGUUUUGAGAAAAUAAGGCAGAAGCCCUAAGUUCUAACAUGUAUUUUGUGAAUCCCCUCUCUAAGACGUCCAUUUCUUUGCCAUGGGUGCGUGCUGCCAUUGAUGUAUGCUCGUCCUUUUCUUAAAAACCGGAAGGGGAAGGGGAAAAGGAAAAGAAAGAAAGGGCAGGAAGGAGAAGAUGAAGAUGGUGGUUUGCAGUGGGCAAAAGGAGAUGCUUCUCUGUCCCGAACUCCAAUUGCCUCUUCAACCCUCCUCCUUCACUUCCAACCCCGGCUCAUCUCUUUUUUUCUCAUCAUCGCUCAACAGCGGCAGCAGCAGCAGGAGGAGCCACUUUCUCAGAGCCCAGGUCCAGGUCCUGACAGCACAGGCCCAAGUCCGCAUCCGUGCCAAUGCUCUAGAAAAAGAGGUAGUCGAAGUGAAAGAGUUAGAUGAGCUUCCAGAGCAGUGGAGGAGGUCCAAAGUGGCCUGGCUUUGCAAGAUUCUACCCUCUUACAAAUCUCCCACCCUCCUCCGAGUACUCAACGCUCAGCGCAGCUGGAUCAAUCAGCAAGACACCACCUAUCUCAUCCUCCACUUCAUGCGCAUUCGCGACAAUGACACCAGCUUCAAGGUGUAUAAAUGGAUGAUCCAGCGGCACUGGUUCCGAUUUGACUUUGCCCUGGCCACUAAGCUGGCGGAUUAUCUGGGCAAGGAACGCAAGUUUGCCAAAUGCCGAGAAGUGUUUGAUGAUAUAAUAAGGCGUGGCCGCGUGCCCCACGAGUCUACGUUCCACAUACUUACGGUUGCUUACAUUGGAGCACCCAUCCAAGGCUGCCUGGAGGAAGCAUGCAGCAUCUACAAUCGCAUGGUUCAGUUGGGGGGUUACACCCCGAACCUCAGCUUGCAUAAUGCUCUCUUCAGGGCCAUCGUGAGUAAACCGCGUGGGACAUCGAAAUAUUACCUGAAGCAGGCUGAAUUCAUUUUCCAUAACAUAUCGACAUGUGGUUUUGAGAUCCACGAGGAUGUGUAUGCCGGCCUGAUUUGGCUCCACAGCUAUCAGGAUGUUGUGAACGGAGAGCGGAUUGCGGCUCUGAGAAAAGAGAUGCAACAGGCAGGAAUAGAGGAGAGCAUAGACAUGCUCGUUUCCAUAUUGAGGGUCUGUUCCAAGGAGGGUGAUGUGGAGGAAGCCGACAAGACAUGGGCCAAACUGAUGGAAUCUGGAGCCAAUAGUCUCCCCCCUCCUCAAGCUUUUGUCCUUCGAAUGGAAGUUUUCGCAAAAGUGGGACAACCCAUGAAAUCCUUGGAGAUAUUCAGGGGGAUGCAGGCGCAAGGAGUACGCGAGACUGUUGUGGCAUACCAGAAGAUCAUUGAGGUGAUGUCGAGAUCCCAGGAAGUGGGGAUUUCUGAAACCCUUAUGCUAGAAUUCACAAAGAGCGGGUUUAAACCUUUGUUACCCUCAUUUGUUGAUGUGAUGGAUAUGUAUUUCAAUUUAGGAAUGCAUGACAAAGUGGAGUGGGCAUUUUGUCAGUGCCUUGCUAAUUGCGAUCCCAACCAGGCUGCUUACAACAUCUACUUGGAGUCUCUGGUUAGGAAUGACAGGAUUGCAAGAGCCGAGGAGCUGUUUAAUGAAAUGAAGUCAAAUGGGGCAAUUGGUGCUAAUAAUCGUGCUUGCAACAUCAUCUUGGAGGCCUAUCUUACGUCCAGUCAAUAUGCAAAGGCUGAAGAUAUUUAUGAUCUGAUGGGUCAGAAGAAAUACAACAUUGCACCCCCGUUGCUGGAAAAAGUCGAUUAUGUUUUGAGCCUCAGCCGGAAGAAACUCAAGAAAUCUUUAAGCUUGAAGCUUGACAAGGAGCAGCGUGAAAUUUUGAUAGGUUUACUCUUAGGUGGUACCCGAAUCAAAUCUGACGAAGCGAAAAAGAAUCACACGAUCCAUUUUGAAUUCAAUGAGAACUCUGAUGCACAUGGGGCCUUGAAGGUUCAUAUAUAUGAGAGAUUUUAUGAGUGGUUAACCCCCUUUGGCAACAUAAGCGAUAGGAAUGAUGAAAUACCAUGUCACUUUUCUUCGAAAGCACAUCCCCAUUUUGGUUUCUUUGCCGACCAGUUUUGGCCUAAGAGACGGCUAGUGAUUCCCAAGCUCAUCCAUCGAUGGUUGUCAUCACGUGUCUUAGCUUACUGGUAUAUGUAUGGGGGGUACACAACUUCGUCAGGUGAUAUUUUGCUCAAAUUAAGGGAUUGCAGUCACGAAGAUGCUGAGCGAGUAAUCAAGACACUGAAAGCAAAAUCUCUUGAUUGUAGGUUUAAGAGAAAGGGGAGAGUAUUUUGGAUAGCUUGUCAGGGGAACAAUGCCACAUGGUUCUGGAAGUUGGUAGAACCUCACAUCUUACAUGGUUUUAAUGAGCUUCUGAUUAGGGAUGCUAAACAAUCAGAAAAUGGAUUGGCCCAAGAUAGCGAAUAUGGGCUUGAUAAAGAUUUCAAUUUUGAUGAGAUAGCCGCUGAUUGUAAAAGUGACUGGGACUGUAUGGAUUCCUUUCAGCUUGCCAAUGUACAUGAUACAAAUGCCAAAAAUUGAAUAUUGAUGUCGAUGCACGUUGUGUCUGGGCUUUUUAAAGUUCAUUUGAUGAAUUUAUGAUCAUAAUGAGCAGGUUCAAAGUAUA